AUGGGGAAUUUGAGUGGAGGCCACGUGGAAGAGUUUGUCUUGGUGGGCUUCCCCACAUCUCCACCCCUCCAGCUGCUCCUGUUUGUCUUCUUUUUGGCCAUUUAUCUGUUGACGCUGCUAGAGAACGUGCUCAUCAUCUCCACCAUCCGGCUGACCCCAAGCCUUCAUCGCCCCAUGUACUUCUUUCUUGGUCACCUCUCCUUCCUGGAGCUAUGGUACAUUAACGUUACCAUUCCUCGGCUCUUGGGAGCCUUUCUUACCCAGGAUGGAAGAGUCUCCUACGUGGGUUGCAUGACUCAGCUCUACUUCUUCAUUGCUCUGGCCUGCACAGAAUGUGUCCUGCUGGCCGUCAUGGCCUAUGACCGCUACCUGGCCAUCUGUGAUCCCCUCCGCUACCCUAGUCUCAUGCCUUCCAGCUUGGCCACGCGUCUGGCGGCUGCCUCUUGGGGAAGUGGGUUUUUCAGCUCCAUGAUGAAGCUGCUGUUCAUUUCCCGACUGUACUACUGUGGACCCAACGUCAUCAACCACUUUUUCUGUGAUAUCUCCCCACUGCUGAACCUCACCUGCUCUGACAAGGAGCAAGCAGAGCUGGUGGACUUCUUGCUGGCUUUGGUGAUGAUUCUGCUCCCUCUGGUGGCUGUGAUUUCAUCCUAUGCGGCCAUCAUCGCGGCCGUCCUGAGAAUCCCAACUGCCCAGGGACGUCACAGGGCUUUCUCCACUUGCACCUCUCACCUGGCAGUGGUCAUCAUCUACUAUUCCUCCACUCUCUUCACCUACGCCCGGCCCCGAGCCAUGUACACCUUCAACUACAACAAAGUCAUUUCCGUGCUCUACACUGUCAUUGUCCCAUUUCUCAACCCAGCCAUCUACUGCCUGAGGAACAAGGAGGUGAAGGAGGCCUUCCAAAAGUCAGUCCUGGGCAGAUGUCACCAUCUGAGGGAUGUUCCAGACUGA